ACAGUUUAUUAACGCCUAAAUUAACUUCAAAUGUAGAAAUGUAGACAGAAUAUGUUGUCUUUUAUUAUCCUGCUGCCUGCAGUUUGUAGCACAGACCUGAAAUACGCUAACAUCUGCCUUCGUCUGCGGCUGAAUGUCAGAUUAGAUCUCCUGGUUUCUAAGCAGUCGUUCUGUUUCUCUGCAUUUCUUUAAUCUUUCCUGAUCAGCUUCUGACUUUUAAACCUUCAUGACGUCACAUUCAUCCUGAAACUGCUCUGAGUUUAUCGUCUGACUGAUGAGGAACGAUUCGGCCAUUUUUCCUCCGUCUCCCUGCAGGCUGUUGGAUGCACACGGGGAACCAUCAGGAGUGUGUUGGAGAGCGCUGCAUCCUGGUGACUAGAUCCCAGAUGCAGAAAGCCAGCUACCGUUUCUGCUGCUGCAGCCACGACCUCUGCAACGCCAACUACACUGAAGCUCCGCCCACCGCCGACACGCCCGCCCUGAAGCCCAUGAGGAACGACCUCGGCCUCGGUCACACAGAUCGUCGGCUGACGGCUAAGGAGGCGGUUCUGGUUGCCCUGGUAACUGUUGCUAUAGCAGCUCUUCUCAUCAUGGCGCUUUUCCUGGGAUACCGGAUGAUAAAAAGUAAAAAACACACAAAAUUUUUUUAUAAUUAACAAGAAAAAUGUUUG